AUGGGAGUUGUUGUUGGCUACCACAAUGGAGAUCUAAAGCUUGAAGCAGCCUCUUCUUCGAAGCAGGAGUCCCUGAAGCAGAAAAGCAGAGUCCCUUCACCCUUGAGCUUUUAUUGCUCGCUUUCAGUCGCAGCACAGAGACUCAGAGAGCGAACGAGAGAAAGAGAGAGAGAAGCUAAGGGAGGCGCUGAGAGUCUCAGAGCAACGGGGGGGGGGGGGGAAGGGGGGAAGGGUAUCUCUGCUUCUACUUUGCCUUACAAGAUGGCACAAGAUUUCUUCUCAGGAUUGUUAUCCUUUGUGACUCAUGGGAUUGCUCAGGUCAAGAACGUCACUGGAAGCAAGAUCUUGCGUAUCCUCAAGGCUCACGGCCUUGCUCCAAAGAUUCCUGAGGAUCUGUACCAUUUGAUCAAGAAGGCUGUCGUAGUUCGCAAACAUCUACAAAGAAGCAGGAAGGACAAGGAUUCGAAGUUCCGAUUGAUAAGUUCGAAAAUUUCAUAA